CAGAGUAUUUUAUACUCUUGUCGUAAGAGGGCUACAGUUUCCUGUUUCUUUUAGUUCACGAUAUACGUACGAAAUGGCAGAUACACCUGCUGAAUCAAAGGCGAAAACAAAAGCAGUCAAGAAACCAAAGGAGAAGCCAGUAGAGCCUCCUCCUUUGAAAAAGAGACCUUUCAAAAGACACGGACGUCUUUAUGCAAAGGCCAUUUUCACAGGAUAUAAACGAGGGCUUCGUAAUCAACAUGAACACACAGCGUUACUUAAAGUUGAAGGAGCUAGGACUAAAGGGGAUUCAGAUUUUUAUGUAGGAAAACGAUGUGUUUAUGUAUAUAAGGCAAAAAAUAAGACACCUGUUCCUGGCAAGAAAAGCAGGAAAACAAAAGUUAGGGCUAUUUGGGGUAAAGUAACCCGGCCACAUGGAACCAGUGGUUCAGUACGUGCUAAGUUUAAGAAGAAUCUGCCAGCUAAAGCUAUGGGCCACCGUAUCAGAAUUAUGCUGUACCCCAGUCGGAUAUAAAUACAUUUUUCUGUUGUAUAAAAUAAGUAAAUAAAUAACCGUUUGGUACUAAAUGUAAUGUUUUUCUCUC